UGGAAAAUAGACAGCUGUCAAUCAUGUUUCAGAGAAGUAAGAUUAAUAUCCGUCAGUAGCUGUGCGUUUGUGUGCCUUCAUGUUCCCACGAAUACCUCGAGGCCAAAUGAAGUUUAUCAUCGAGGAUUUUCACGCAACGAAUUUCGCAGUUUGACAAGAACACUUUCAAUACCACUGCUCAGUCUAACAGUUCGCGAAAGGACAAGGUAUUGCGAUUUCUCGCUUGGUUGUCUCGCAUCUCUGUCUGCAACUAUGGAUACCGAAAGUGACAGAAUUAUAAUCAACGUUGGAGGAAAACGCCAUGAAACGUAUGCAAGCACUCUACAAACUAUUCCCGAUACCAGGUUGGCUUGGCUGGCGGGGAGUUUCAUUAACGGGGAUACCAAGCAAGAAUAUUUUUUCGACCGAAACCCUAAAAUAUUCGGUAUCAUUCUCAACUAUUAUCGCACGGGCCAGUUGCACGCUCCCAGGGAUUUUUGCGGACCGCUUUUUGAAGAGGAGCUGACAUUCUGGGGAAUCGAAGAAAAAGAGAUGGAAGCGUGUUGUUGGCCGUACUACAGUCAACAUCGAGAUGCUGAGAAAAAUUUGAAAGAUUUUGUCGGACCUGAGUUUGAGGAUUCGGAUGAUGACGAUGAUAAUUCGUCCCCAGAUUUAGAUUCAUCGUAUCGCCAAAUGUCAUCGCUUUCAUGUUGGACAAUCUACCGACCAAAGAUUUGGGCUGUGCUCGAUGAUGCUCACUCAUCAACCAGGGCAAAGGUGUUUGCUAUGGUGUCCCUGUUCAUGAUUCUAGCCUCGGUUGCUUCAAUGUGUGCCUGGUCGGUUGUAAAGGACCAAAAUAAUAAAUACAUUCAAGGGUUUGAGUACGCCUUCUGUGCCUGGUUCACGCUGGAAUUUGGAGCCAGGUUGAUAUUUUGCCCCGACAAGAUCGCUUUCUUUAAGGAAAUCAUGACCUGGGUCGAUUUGAUAUCCCUGCUUCCAUUUUACGAAAACAUCAUUCUUGGUAGUGGAAACCUAAACUUUCUGCGAGCGGUGAGGCUCAUACGAACAUUCCGUGCAUUGAAAGUGUUCGCUUUUACAAGCGGUUUGCAGAUUAUCGUGCAAUCGCUCAAAGCGAGCUUCAGAGAACUUAUCCUUCUUUUGAUAAUCUUGCUAAUUCCAGUUGUGGUAUUUUCCAGCGUUUUAUUCGAGAUCGAAACCAAACAGGGAAGUGAACCUGAUUUUCAAAGUAUCCCAGAAGCAUUUUGGUGGGCGAUUAUCACCAUGACAACCGUUGGCUAUGGUGACAUGGUGCCUAAGACAAUCCCUGGUAGGAUCAUUGGUGGAAUAUGCGCCAUUUUCGGCGUGCUCAUCGUAGCUUUGCCUGUCUCUGUGAUAGGAAAUAAUUUCUCCACGUAUUACUCCCAUGCACAAGCCAGGCUUAGCCUGCCGAAGAAAAAGCGACGCUUAAUUUGUGAGGCUAAACUGCGCGUGAACCCCAGACAUGGUCAGUCACCAACCAGCACCAUGUCAUUACAACAGAACGGGCAAUUGCCGGAGGUGUUGACCCAGGAGUCAAGAGAAGGCUCGGCUACUAAGUUUAGGCGCUAUCAUCGACGCUCUCGAAACACUCUUUUUGCUCAUGGUGAUGUGUAUAUCGGUCCAAGCAAGUACGAGAGAAACAAGGUUCGUCGAGAUGACACGUGUAAUGAAGAAGAAAAUGAAAAUGAAAGCGAGAGCGAAACAAAGAUAGAAAGUCCAACCACAAAAGAAACAGUGGGAAGCGGGGAUGUGGACAACAGAUCAGAAAAGAUCGCUCAUUUGCCAUCGGCUCAUGAAAUGGAGGAACUUCCUACUAUUUCCGCCCUCCCCAGAAAUUUCACACUUAUAAACUCGAUGCACGAGAGCGAGGAAAUCAUUGAAGAAGACACGAGACCUCCGUCGGUUCUUUCCGAACGCCGUGGAACGAAGAAGAGAAAGAAAAUGUCCACCUCCACCAUCCCUUCAUCCCGUCGUAAAAAAUCCAGUAGCUCUCUAUCCAGGUCAUGGGUGGAAUUAAAAACUGAAAAUUCUCCGCAGAAAAACGGGCGCCCCCAAAGUUCCCGCGGGAACAAGGCCCGCGUGUCACCCGCGGACGCGCGGGGGAGUUAUAAAAAUCCUGCUUUGGAGUUAGAAAGUCCUCAAAGUUUAUCCCCAUCUCAAAUAUACUCUGUGCCCUCGUUUAAAGUUGGCGUUGAGAUGACUCGGUUGGACAAGGCUGGUGUUCUAAACUUACCCAGUGAAAACAGUAUUGAUAAGAGUGAAAUGUCGUCGACGGUGGUGAGGGAUAGCCACCACAGAACGGGAAAGGGAAACGAGCAUGACCUUGCAAACGGAUUUAAAGCUUAAUUAAUUUAAAAGCUCACUGUUUAAGUCAGUAACGCACCUAGCGGUCAAAUACAAAAGCCCAACGAUAAUAAAAUUUCCCGCGAGAGACUCCCAUACGGAAAGGACGGGGGUGCUUGUCGGAAAUUUUCUAAAAGAAAAGAAGUACCAAGACCUUGUUUUGUGGGCGUGAUUGGAAAUGUUUCUCACCCUUAAGAGGUGCUAAUUCUAAAGCAACAAAUCAGUGUCACUGACUUUUUUCGCGAAAGCUCCUGCUGUGGGACCUUUUGAAGCUUGACGCCUACCAAAUCCACUUUUUUAACCCCUAAAAGGUACGACAAACAUCCCGGUCCUGUUUAAAUGGGAUUCCCCGGGUACAAGUUCAGUGUCGAGAAAAUUUAAUGAAAUGAAGACUAUGUUUAAGCGCAAAAAAAUUUCCAGAGAAACAAGUGACGAAAAUAGGUCGAUAA